AUGUCUUUUGUUUGUCCCAACCUACCCGGGCCUGCCGGUGAACCUCGUAUAGAGGAGCCAGGGGGAGGAAAGCCAGGUCGGGUAAGGUCUGAUGGGAAAGCACAUGAUGAAGGAGUGCAUGAUGCAGGGGAUUCAGCACAUGAGCCUCAGGAAGAUAAUAACAAGGAGCCUUAUGAAGGGGAGUCCAAUAAAGAGGAAUCAGAGCAAGAGGUAUCAGAUAUGAAUAAGUCUGCAGGACAGGUACCUCAUGAAGAUGAUGGUGAUGAUGAUGAGUUUUAUGAAGGGGAGUCCAAUGAAGAGGAAUCAGAUGAAGAGGUAUCUGAUAUGAAGAAGUCUGCAGGACAGGUUCCUCAUGAAGACGAUGGUGAUGAUGAUGAGUCUUAUGAAUGUGAUACUGAAAUGGAGAUUGAUGAAGGAGAGUCUCCUGCAGGGGAGUCUGAUGAUGACUAUGCAAUCCCGUCCGAAGAAAGUCUGUCAAGUGAUCAUUUAAGUGACACUGAAGCCACUGAGAAUGGAGAGAAAAUACAGAUAAACAAAAAGGAUAGAGUGGAGGAAAAUGAGGAAGAACAGGAGGAGAAAAUUCAAGAAAAUGAGAUCCUCAGAGAUAGCAAUACACCAUCUAUUUACCUAAGGAAGUCAAAUGGUCCAGCAUCUACCAGAGACGUUGGGGCGGUAGGUGGUUCUUGUGAGGAAGAUGAAUCCUCAAAGAAAGGUAGUGUAAUGUUAGACUGUCCAGCCAUCGUGCACAAUACAGCAGAAGUUAAGUUGUGGGAGCUCAGAUGUCUUCUUUCUAUCACCAGCGAUAUGGAAUGUGAACCUCGUAUAGAGGAGCCAGGGGGAGGAAAGCCAGGUCGGGUAAGGUCUGAUGGGAAAGCACAUGAUGAAGGAGUGCAUGAUGCAGGGGAUUCAGCACAUGAGCCUCAGGAAGAUAAUAACAAGGAGCCUUAUGAAGGGGAGUCCAAUAAAGAGGAAUCAGAGCAAGAGGUAUCAGAUAUGAAUAAGUCUGCAGGACAGGUACCUCAUGAAGAUGAUGGUGAUGAUGAUGAGUUUUAUGAAGGGGAGUCCAAUGAAGAGGAAUCAGAUGAAGAGGUAUCUGAUAUGAAGAAGUCUGCAGGACAGGUUCCUCAUGAAGACGAUGGUGAUGAUGAUGAGUCUUAUGAAUGUGAUACUGAAAUGGAGAUUGAUGAAGGAGAGUCUCCUGCAGGGGAGUCUGAUGAUGACUAUGCAAUCCCGUCCGAAGAAAGUCUGUCAAGUGAUCAUUUAAGUGACACUGAAGCCACUGAGAAUGGAGAGAAAAUACAGAUAAACAAAAAGGAUAGAGUGGAGGAAAAUGAGGAAGAACAGGAGGAGAAAAUUCAAGAAAAUGAGAUCCUCAGAGAUAGCAAUACACCAUCUAUUUACCUAAGGAAGGUAUUAAGCUCAGAAACCACUAAAGCUGGCAAGCAAAAGAAGCGGGUCGUGUACAGAAUACAUAUCAUGCGUGCUACUUCUGUGGAAAGCUUGUUCAACAUAUUCCAAGUCACACAAAAGCUAAAUAUCACCAUGAAGAAGAAGUCAAAGAAAUUGUUCGAAAGAGCAGCAAGAAAGGCAAGGAUUCCCACCCUGAUGUAG